UUUCUAAAAAAGAUGGACAAGAAGAUAAUAUUACUGUCUUUCUUGUGCAUUAGUCUUCAGCUAUCAUUUGUCUCAGCUCAACUUCAAGUUGGUUUUUAUAAUACUAAAGCUAGAUGUCCACGAGCAGAAAGCAUAGUUCGAGAUACGGUGCGAAGCCGCUUCUUUGCGGAUCGUUCCAUCACGGCGGCAUUGUUGCGGAUGUAUUUUCAUGACUGCUUCGUCAGGGGUUGCGAUGCUUCAAUAUUGAUAGACUCCAAAAACACAAAGAACAAAAAGUCAGAAAAAAAUGCAGGAGCAAAUGGGUCAGUACGAGGAUACGAGCUGAUUGAUCAGAUAAAGAGUAAAUUAGAGGCUACAUGUGCUAUGACAGUCUCUUGUGCAGACAUCAUUGCAUUAGCCACCCGAGAUGCAGUUGCAUUAGCCGGAGGACCGAGCUACAGCAUUCCCACCGGUAGGCGCGAUGGGCUAGUGUCAGACCCAUCACAAGUGAACUUGCCGGGCCCUAGUUUAACCGUGCCACAAGCAUUUCAAUUUUUCAAAAACAAAGGGUUUACUAUGAAUGACAUGGUGACUCUUUUAGGUGGCCACACCGUGGGAAUUACACAUUGUAGUUUGUUUAAAGGCGAUAGGCUAUCAAGGGCAGAUGGGAGCAUGGAUACUAACUUGUUUAACCGCCUUAGAAAGACAUGUUCUUCUAGUGGUGACCCAUCUGUUUUCUUGGACCAAAACACUUCAUUUGUUGUCGAUAAUUCCUUUUACAAACAGCUAAGGUUGAAGAAAGGGAUAUUGAAGGUUGAUCAGUUACUUGCUUCUGACAAAUCAACCGCUGGGGCUGUGGCGAAUUUUGCUGCUAAUCCAAGAGCCUUCCAACAAGCUUUUGCAAAUGCAUUGAUCAAGUUAGGUAACACUCAAGUUCUAACAGGGAAAUCAGGAGAAAUCAGAAGAAAUUGUAGAGCCUUUAAUCCUCCUCAACUUAAGAGCCCUCCUCCUCCUCCCCCCAAGAUCGUAAAGAGUCCUCCCCCUCCUCCUCCUAAGAUCUUAAAGAGUCCUCCUCCCCCACCACCCAAAUAUCAGAGUAACUUCCUGGCCAAUUUCACGAUUACAGGAGCAGAAACAAGGUUUAAAUCUACUGACGAAUCAGUUAGAAAGUUAGAAGCACAAUUACAGAGUUACAUGUUGUCAAAUGAUUCGCGAAUUGAAGAUUUAGGUAAAAAAAUUAACAAGCUAAUGAAGAGGAUCAUUUCCCCACAAGGAGAAAUCCUGGGAAGUGCACCGACUGAAGGUCUGCAAAUUAUGUGGUCUGGUAAUCGACCACGAACUUGGGAAAAUGGCAAAUCUUCUUUGGGUCGAUCACAAGGGAACUUCUCUCAUUCAGGUGGGAAAUUCCAUAUUUUGAAGGAGUAG